GAUAGCGAGACGCGGCCGCGUACAGAGCACAGGACAGCACAGCGUCACGUCUAUCCUCUCUUCUCCUCGCUGCCAGACUGUGCCUCCGUGUAUCAGCUGAUGACCGCGCUCAGCUGUUGCCAGGAGUGGGGGUGUCACGUGACCUGCGCGCCGCUGGUGGGGGGGUGUUGUGAACACGUGCUCGACCAGACCUGUUGUGUGUCAGUCGUCUGUCGGUUGUGAUGGCUAACGGUCAUCAUUAGUGACUAGUGAUGCAACAUCCCGGUGCUCCGUGGCUCCUGCCCUGGGGGAUGGCCCUACACAAAAUGGUCGCCCUACCCCUGGCUCCGCCGCCUCCACAUCAUCAUCAUCCUCUGCACCACCACCUGCACCCGGUGCUGGCUCCGCCGCCUCCACCGCCUCUCGCCACCAUCCGGACGUUUGUGGCUGCUGCUGCCGCUGCCGCUGCGCCGCCUCCGCAUCCCAGACCUAGACAGAUAGGAGAGGCUGAUUUGACAAUACAUGGCAGUGAAAAGCGGAAAGCUUCGGACGAAGUGGACAUCAACAAAGAUCUUAAAAAGGCGAAACUGGAAACUAAGGCACUGAAGGCUAAGCGUCCAGGCUUCACCGAUGAAAGAUACAAUGAGACGUCCUACUACAUUGAAAAUGGGCUACGGAAAGUGUACCCCUACUACUUCACGUUCACCACCUUCACCAAGGGCCGAUGGGUCGGUGAGAAAAUCCUUGAUGUCUUCGCCAGGGAAUUCAGAGCACAUCCUGCUGAAGAAUAUGAGCGAUGUAUAAGAACAGGCUCAUUGACUGUAAACUAUGAGAAGGUGGAUGUGGAUUAUAGGCUAAAACAUAACGACCUCCUGGCCAAUGUUGUUCAUAGACACGAGACUCCUGUCUUAGCAAAGCGUUUGCGUCUAGUCCAUGUAGAUGAAGACAUAGUCGCCUUGGACAAACCCUGUUCAUUGCCGGUGCACCCUUGCGGCCGGUACAGGCACAACACGGUGGUGUUUAUCCUGGCGAAGGAGUACCAGCUGAGGAAUCUGCGCACCAUCCACCGGCUGGACAGGUUGACCAGUGGCCUGUUGCUGUUCGGACGCACGCCCAAGAAGGCGCGCCAGAUGGAGCAGCAGAUCAGGAAUCGACAGGUGCAAAAGGAGUACGUCUGCAGGGUCGAAGGACAAUUUCCGGACGAGGUUGUGAAAAUUUGCGAGCCGAUCGAAGUAGUUAGCUACAAGAUUGGAGUGUGCAAAGUGUCUGCCAAGGGAAAGGAAUGCUCAUCCACAUUCCAUAAGCUGGGCUACAACCCACAGAGUAAUACUAGUGUAGUUCUGUGCCUGCCUCACUCCGGGCGCAUGCAUCAAAUCAGGGUCCAUUUACAGUAUCUUGGCUAUCCAGUUGUGAACGAUCCAUUGUAUAACCAUACAGUGUUCGGUCCCGAGAAGGGCAAAGGUGGUAGAAUAGGCAAAACCGACGAAGAAUUGAUAAGAGAUCUGAUCAGCAUUCAUAACGCUGAGAACUGGCUGGGGAUGGACGGCGACUCUGAACUCUCUAUGUUCAAACCACUGUUCGAAGAUGACGACAAAGUUCCGAGUCGCGAGCCGUCGCCGUGUGAGAACGUGUCUCCACAGUCGCAGCAGCAGACGCCGCCGUGUCCCGUGAGCGUGCCGGCGCUGGCGACGCUUUCGCCCGUGGCGGCGUCGACCAAGGUGACAGUGGCCACGCAGACUGGCCACGAGGCGCCCGACCUCGUCUUCAAUGCGGAGCGCAUGACCUCCGACCCGCACUGCUACGAGUGCAAGGUCAAGUACCGCGACCCCAAGCCCUCCGAUCUCGUCAUGUACCUGCACGCCUGGAAGUACAGGGGACCAGGCUGGAGUUAUGAGACGGAGCUACCAGAAUGGGCCAGGGUUGAUUGGACAGAAUCGGAAGCAGCGGACUGAAGCUAAGUCCAACCAACCCAACCCAAUGUGUGUCUUUCUCAACCACCAAUUAAAUGGACGAGUCAUCAUUUUGUCCUCCUAAUAUUCCUAAUAGUUGUUUAAUCGGUUACAGAAAUGUGACUAUCGUAUUUUGGAAUAAUAAUCACCUUCUAUUUUAUUACAUCAUUGACUCAAUAGAUGGUAAUUCAUUCAUUUCGGUUGUUGAAACAAAAAAAAAACAUUUUUAUCAAAGAAGCCAGGUUUAGUUGAUGAGGAAUGUAUAAGCAUUUACAUUUUUUAUCUUUUAGUCAUAGUUAUUAUUAUUAUGUUUGAUAUUGACUAUUCAUUAUUGGAUUGUUUAUUAAUCUAACGGGUUGUUAUAUUUGACUUCAAAUAAGUCGUUCAAUGCUGAACCGAUUUUUUGGUCAAUGAUAUUUUCAAUUUUUGGACAAAAGACUCGAUUUAUUGUUACAGUUAUCCCAAUACAAUAAUAAUGUGGCCUUCAAAGUGUCAAUUUAAUGAGGGGAUGGAACUGGUUUUGCAGUGAAGUUGAAAAGAGACAGUAUGCACACAAUAUCAUCAUAGAUUACAAAGCGUAGUAAUAAGAUGAAAGCUAGAUAUCGCAAUUAUUCGAUUCACCCUAUAGUUAAGCUACCAACAGAGCCCUUGAAUCAUUGAUUAGUUUGUGGAGGAUUACCAUUGAAGAAGUUUUGAUUCACCAAAACAGUAGUGUUUUCAAAUCUUUGGUUUUUUCACCAUGUACCAGGUGUUUAUUAUAGCCUUCUCAUAUUUUUAAAUUAAUACAGUGAAAUAGUGAUUCCAUUAGAGUUGAAUUUUUCUCAUACAUUACAUAAAUAUUGAAUGAUUUCAAUGAAACUUGAUCAUUUUUUUCAUUCAAUAUCAAUCAAUGAAUCUUCUCAUCAAUAUUAUCGCAUCAUUUCUAGAGUGAUGCCAAUAUUGAAUUUCUAGAAUGAAUCGAAAUUAAUCAUUGUGGAAGAAAUUGUUAACUUCAAGCUCAAGCUAGAAACUUCUAGAAUUUUAGACUUGACAGCUAACUGACUUCUAAGCUUGACUUCUCCAGCUUGACUUCUGUCAGCUUCUGACAGCUUGACUUCUAAGUAGACUUGACAGCUUGAGACAUUUUUCCAUGUCAGUUGAUGAGCCUUUUACAAAUUUUGUUAGAAAGAUAUCUAGUAAAAUAGAUUAAUCUCUAUGGCUGUAAAAAAAUUAAUAAUCACGAUCUAUCUGCAGAAUAUUUUUAUGGGUAACAAAUUUUGACUCUCACAGUCACACAGUUUAAUAAUCUCAAAAUCAUAUUUUUUCCAAUAUUCAUGUCACAUGAAUAUGAGUACUUCCCCAGUCCCACUUAUGCUACGCUUUAUUGAAAGUAAUAACAAAUUUAAAAGACAUAUUGUAUGGAAUUGUAUUAGCAAUGAGCUUGGAAAUUUUGUUUCCAAUUGCAAUCAUGUAGUUGUAGUUUGGAAAUAGAAAUGAUGUUAUGAUUAUGAAUCAUGUUUUCUUGAUCUAACUCUUAAUUUUGAGUUUUAUCAUGAUAUAAUCGUUCGCUUGGUAUCUUUGUUUCUUAUAAUUAUUGGGGUUUCAUCUUCAUUUUAAAUUUUUCUAAAUUGUUUGCAAUGCAUUAAAAACAAUCAAUAGACUGCUAAAUACUGAGACAAUCAUCCAAGGGUUACACUGUUGACUAUCCAGUAUAGUUAUCAAAAGCUUUUCAAACUAAUCUAUAUUUUAGAGUAAUCAUCUGCACAUUGGUUUGGGUCUCUUAGUAUAAAAUAUUGAUGUACUAAGCCUGGUUUCUUCUUGAGGUGAGGUUUUAAAAAUGAAAAAACAUUUCAUUAAUGUUGAUACAUUGUACCUCAUAAUAUUCUCAUUUACUUUAAUUUUGUUACAUUGGUUAUUGAAUAUAGUUAUCAAUUCGUGUAUUUUCACAUUCAUUGAAGAUUGCUAUACAUAAUUUGAUCAUGAUAGUUAAAUCAUAUUACUGUCUUAUUUACUCAUAAUAGAUAUUGAAGCUAGUGUUGAAUAAUGAAUAGUGUUUGCCUUUUGAACAUCAUACAGAGCUUAAUUGUGUGAGAUCGAGUGUCGUGAUAAAAGGUCCAACUCCACACCUUUGGAAAAAAAUUAUGUGGUAAAUAAAUUAUGUAUGAAAUAAGUGUAAGUGUUGUGUAAAUUGAACUGUGUAAUCUAUGUAAGAUUAUUAGAGAACAAAAGACAUUUUGUAGGAUUGUAGUUUAUUAUUGGAUAGUUUAGUUUAUUGUGAAGUAGUUUAAAUGAAUUCUAGGCAUGUUGGAAUUUUGUGAAAAUAUUGAGAGUGUUUUAGUUAGUCACUAUUCACUUCAAUCUUGGACUGGUUAUGGUAAAUGAUUCAUCGAACCAUGUAUGGGCCAACUUCAUCAUAUAUUAUUAACAUUCGAGGAAUAUUUCUAAAUUUUUAUUAUUUAUUACCUUAUUUUUUCAAAAUCAGGAAGUUUGUGUAAUAAAUACAAGCUUGUUGAAUGUUAUUCUAUGGUUAUUGUUACCAAAAUUGUAAAUGAUUAAUAUCUAUCUCAAAAUCGUUAUUGCUAUGCUUCAUACGAGUACCGUACGUUAUUGCUAUGCUCGUUCUAAAAUAGAUAACAACUUCCAAAUCAUAUCAUGGUUUUGGGUCCACUUUAUUAUAAAUAUGUCAUUACUUUAUUAGUCAUGAAAUUUUGUACAACUUUUCUUUCAAGUUCUUUCCAAACAAAGAUUAAGAACUAUUAUGCUGAUAGAUAUCAUCAAGUACUCUGGAUUUUUCUCAAUCAGUAAUACUCGAAGUUUUACAUUAUUUUGUUCAUAUUGUGAAUAGCACUCCAAGAUUGAAGAAUAGAUUGAUGGUAAUGAUGUGAAUGCUUCCCUUGCCUUUUGUGCCAGAACUCUAUCAUGGAGUUUGUGCCUUCAAUCGAGCAGAGCUUCUUUGAGCAUACAGAAUAACAAUGUAAAUAAUAUCUUUCUACAUCAUUUUGUAAUCGUCAAUCCCGGUAAAAUUAAAAGAUUUUAAAAAGUGAUCAUUGUUUGUAAUUUUUAGAUGCUUAUCAUCAUCAACAAUCAAAGAUUUCCAACUUAUAUCUUCAUCGUAUCUGAUGAAUGAAUGUGAUGUUAGCUACUUUACCGUUACUCCAUUUUCAUUCAUGGAAUCCCAAAUAAAACUUUGUUCUGCUUUUAAAUAGCCUUAUAUAUUUGUCUAUGAAUAGUGAGAGAUGAAAUUUGUAUGCUCAUUGAAUAUUUGCCCCUAUCGCUUCUUCAAAAAAUGUAAAGAAAAGUUGAUUUUUAAACAAGAUGUAAUUAUUUAUUUUUCCAAUUCCCAGUUAUCUUUCAUUGUCAGAAAGAUUUAUAAUGAUGUAAUUAUUAUCGAUAUUGGCAGUUUAGGAUUAAAGUAUCAUUUUGGUGUUGAUCUGUUGUCAAUGGAGUCGUGUGUGUUUUGUUUGCUAGUCUGUGCAUAUAGCUUAAAUAUUAUGUGAUAGCAUAUCUCAUAAUUCUCGUACAAUACUGUUUAGUAUUUUCCAAUUUGAUAAUCUUGUAAACCUCAAUACAUAUCAUAUUUUCUGUUCAUAUUUAGAAUAGUUCUUCAGAAACAGCUCUCUGUAUAGGCAUCUAUAGAGCCAUAACCUGCCUUUUCUAAGUGGAUUGAUCAACUUUCUGAAAUAAACCGAAUUAUUCCAUGCCAUUAUAGUAGAAACUCUUAUUGCUUGAUCUGAUAACAAUAUUUUAUUCAACUCAUCUCUUAUUUAUGUAUAUGAAGAUAUAUAUUUUUACUUGAACUAUAAUAUUAUCUUCUAAGAAACUUGUCGAAACUCAAAACUUCUGCAUAUGCUUCUAUUACAACUCAUGUAUAAGAGUACAGUAUACUGUCUAAAUAAAUGGUAAAUCUUGAAUCAUACAAAACGUAUAGUUUAAAUAGCUACAAUCAAUCAUCAGCAGCAAUUUGACUCCCUUUCCAGAUUAGAUUUUUUUGUAAUUAGAAAGUUGAGAAUAGCCUAGACGCCUAGCCCAACAUUUUUUGUAUGAUCUCUUUUAAAGAAAUAAAUUCAACUCUCUUAUAACUAUUGAUUCUGGUAUAAUAUGGAAGUCUCCAGUGUCUAUUGCAAAAUCACAAUAUCCAUUAAUGAACUAUUUCACUAAAUAUUAGAGUGCAUUCCAGUAUUGAACAAUCAAUUCAAGGCUGUUGAAGAUGUUUUCAAAUAAUGAUACAAAAUGUACUGCUCUCGAUGAAAUUAAGAAUUGAAACGUGAAUAAGGUAACAUUUGUUAAUUUUAAAAUUGAAAUUGAAACUUAAAUUUCAUAACCUCUCAAACGGAACUCAAAAUUGCUCCCACUGAAAUGAAAAAAAAUUAAGAUCAUAAUUGUAGAAUAAAUAUCAAGUUAAUAGGGCUUUAGUAUAAAUGGUGUGCCUUUUUUCUGACAAGCCUUUAUCGAAAAAUAUCACUCCAUUCAUCUGGUUAAUUUAUGAUGAUUGAUACUUUCAAAAAGAUAUUUAAUAAUACUAUGAACCAUCAAUAAUGUUGCAGCUUUUCAAUAAAUUCAAAAGAUUUUCGGUGUUUUAAAAAAACGAAAAAGUAUAUUUCUCAUGUUUCUCAAAUUUAUACCUCAACACUCAUCUGAAAAAUAAUUUUCUGUUGCGGAUUCCCUGAGUGUCAUGGAUCCAUUCCAUAAACUUCUGAUUUUUACUUUCCUUGCCCUAUUACCAUAGGUAAGGAAAGUAUUGCUUCCCGAAAUAAUUAAGGUACACGAAAUUCUAAAUUUCCAUACGUUUCAAGGUCCCCUGAGUCCAAAAAAGUGGUUUUUGGGUAUUGGUCUGUAUGUGUGUAUGAGUGUAAGUGUGUCUGUGUACACGAUAUCUCAUCUCCCAAUUAACGGAAUGACUUGAAAUUUGGAACUUGAUGUCCUUACACUAUAAGGAUCCGAAACGAAAAAUUUCGAUCAAAUGCGAUUCGAGAUGGCGGUUGAAAUGGCGAAAAUGAUGUCAAAAACAGGGUUUUUCGCGAUUUUCUCAAAAACGGCUCCAACGAUUUUGAUCAAAUUUAUACCUAAGAUUGUCAUUGAUAUCCUCUAUCAACUUCCGCAAGUCACAUAUCUGUAAAAAUUUCAGGAGCUCCGCCCCAUCUAUGCAAAGUUCGAUUUUAGAUUUCCAAUUAUCAGGCUUUAGAUUCAAUUUAAACAAAAAAAAAUCAAGUGGAAAAGAUUCAGCAUAAAAAUUUCUACAAUUAAUGUACCGUUACAUUUUCACCUCAAAUUGAAAAUAAGCUCGAAAUUCGAGAAAAUAUCCUUAUUCAAUUGCAAACUGUUGGCAACUGUUGAUUCUAUUAAAUCAUUCACUGGAAGAGAUAGGAGAAUUGAUCUUGUCAGCUUAUCAAUUUAAAAUUAUAUUUCCGAAAACUCGACUCUUACGCUGGAGAUACCUGAUGAAAUUUUAUUUUCUGGUCAUUGUGUAUCAUGUUUAUUUUAUAGUCCAUGCAAUUCAUAGGAACCAAUGUACCUAGAAAUGUAUUCUAGGUACCUUGAUAGGAACUGAAUUUGAACUUUCAAGAGAAUUUCACAGAUGAUAUUAUAAUAAUGUACCUACGAGAACAAUAAAAAUUUCAUUAAGGCAAGGAAAGUUGUUUGAGUGCGCCACACCAGAUUUUUUCAUAAUAUGGACGAUACCAAACUAUCUUCAUUAAAUCUUCCAUAUUUUUUUUAGCUGAUGAAUAAUUAUGUCUUACAGAAUAGUGGCUUAAUCUCUUUCUGAAUAAACUCAUAUUUUCAAAGUGAUUUUUAACAUUAGAAAGUGCCUGGUCUUUUGAUCACUUGACAAAAGGUAGAUUAUAAUACUUAUCCAUCAGUGGGUAUCAUAGUAGAUUCUGUACCCUAGAGCAUUAUUACUUUUUUAAUAGAAAACCAUUCUCAAUGCACUCAUUUCAGAAUCCCUUGAUUGACUCAUUUUUCAUCCUCAAUUGAUAAGUCUCAAUUGAAUAUUUAAGAGUAUUGUGAUGUUACCUUAAUGUGAACAUUUCAAAUAGAUUCAAGUAGCCAGUAAUUCUUAUUACAGAAUUUAUGGGAAAUUAGUGAUUAGUAUUUUGUAUAUAAUAAAAUGUUGUGUAUGAAAUAAAUGAAUUGAAACUGAUCAACUGAUUGAAUCAAUCUGAGCAUAACACAGAGUCCAACAUCUUUUAUCACCUAGAUUUUAUAAAUAAUGAGUAAACAAUAAAAAUGCAUAAUUUGAAAUAUUGUCAUUGCUAUGAAAUUGAAAAAAUAUUUUUUUAUCCAGUCUGCAUAAGAAUGUAAUUAUAUAGGAUUUUUAGAAAGAAUAUUAGGAAUGAUGAUUGUUCAAGAACAUAUAAUAUAACUUUGAAAUUAAACUGUUUAUGAAUUUCCGCUUGUAAGCUAUAUGUAUCAUUUAGUUACGGUAGUGCAAUGUUAGAUACUUUUUGAGAGCUACAAAAAUUUAAAUUUUACAAUAUCAUGAUCUGCGAGUUUUUUAUUCUGUUUUUUUUUAGGAUAGUUGAUUAAUACUAAAUGUAAACACCACGUCAUUCAAGUACAGGUAUUCAUUGAUAUUAUUUUCAUCCACCAACAAAAUAUUACAAUAUUUUGGAGAAAGCUAAUGGAUCACUUAUGAAUAAGACCCUUACAAAAAUUUAAAACCUAUAGUAAUAUUACGUUUUCUUAGAUUUGAAGUUUGAGGUGCACAGGCCGAAACGUGUUUAUUAUAUUGAAACAGUUUAGUUAGAUUUUGUAAAUAAAAUUUUAAAUUCUGUUGUUGAAUGUUUGUUUUGCUAGCUAAAAAUUUACUUGUUAGGUACAGAAAUUGAGUAAAUUUGAGUGAUGCGGUGGGUACUUGUACUCAUUUGUUGUUGUUCAUUGGAAAAGUAUAAUAAUUGUUUUGUCAUAAAAAUAUUCGUAUAUAAAAACAAAAGUGAAAUUUGAAAAUAAUAUAUUAUUUUGCAAAGCUUAAAGAAAAUGUAAGGUAGGAAUUUUUUCCCACAUGCGAUAAGCUCUGGGUUUUUUAUAUGCGUUUGACCAAACUUACUCUAUAUUUUCACCUAUAUUCUUAUUUUUAUGUACUGUCAUCAAAAAUAAAUAUUUAUAUUACUUCUGGAUUAGACCUACUCGCGUCUUCUCAUUCAUUUACAAAAUGUCGUUUACUAUUCAAUUAUUGUUGUUUAUUGAAUUGGAGACAAUAAAUUUUUCAAUUACUGUAUCGAAAUAAAAAUUAUUUAUUCUGGCGUUCUGCUAUAACGAUAAUUUCUAUUGCCACAAACUGUCAGAGUAAUAGAAAUGGAAGUUUAUUCUGGAAGUCAUUGUAAUUAAUGACUGCAGCAUAUUAUUUUCAUAGCAUGUAUUUAGGAUGGACGUUUAUUACUUGACAUGCUUUUUAUCCAUAAUAUUCAAAAUUAUGUAAAUUUCAGAGUUAAGUUCAACCGUCUAUUGCUCAGUGCAGACUUGAUUAAGCAGCAUUCAAACAGAUUCUGGCUUUUGUGAUUCGCACACGAACAUUUUUUAUCAAAUCAAUGUGCUUAUCUUCAAAAAAUGUUUAAUUUGAAAAGAGAAUUGCUUAGUUUUACGUAUGUGUAUUUGACAUUUGUAUUGAAGUGUUUAGUAUUUGUAAAAGAAAAUCUAUAUAAUUGUAUUUAUUGACAAGUUUUGCAACUUGUACGUUGCAGGUAUAGUGUACACAGAACAUGAUAAAAUCUUUUAUGGAGAAAAAUGUUGCUCUUUGAAUGAAAUAAAUUCCAUCAACUGUA